UAUUCAUAAUCAUUCAAUAUUUGAUUAAAAUCAUUAAAUCCAAGUAAAUUUAGUCAUUCGUUUUGUUAGUGAUAAUUGGUUGAUUGUGUGCUGUUCUAGGAAUCCAAAAAUGGUUGAUUUCCAGAGCAUCAUGAGGAACUAUUCACGCUUUUUGCUUAUCAUUUUCAACUUUUUUUUCGUGCUCACUGGUGUAAUUGUUAUAUCGGUUGGAAUUAGUACCAAAGCGUAUUUUAACGAAUUCGAUGACUUGCUGAACGACAAGUACUUUUACAUAUCCGAUGUUUUUAUUGUGGUUGGCGUUAUAAUAUUCUUCAUAUCUUUCUUUGGAUGCUGUGGAGCUGCCAAAGAGAAUGCUUGCCUGACGACAACUUUCUCCACAUUACUGAUCGUCAUCUUUAUAUUGGAAGCUCUUGUUGGAAUCGGAGCAGUUGUUCUAAGACACAAGACGGAAAACAUUUUAGAACAGGCCCUUAAAAAAUCCAUGACGGAAUAUGGUCAAAAUACUACGAAAGAAAUCACCGCUACUUGGGAUGCAAUUCAACAGCAGUUGAAGUGCUGUGGAGUUGACUCGUCCGGUGACUGGAAGAAUGUCAGUAUCCCAAACCGAAUUGUGGAUUCAAACUUGCCCUUAAGUUGCUGCAAUAUUGCACCAGGAACAGUGAACCCUUUCACAUGCAACGCCAAUUCUACAGAUGUACACGCCAAUGGUUGUUUGCAAGUGUUUGGUGACUAUAUCAGAGACAAUACUUCCAGUAUCGAGAUUGCAGCCUUAACUCUGGCUGUUAUACAGCUCUUGGGAAUUAUUCUGUCCUGCUACUUAGCCAAACAAAUCAGAAGCGAUUACGAAACAGUAUAAAUCCGAUAACGAGAAUAUACAUAUAUCAGCCGUUCGUUAACUGUAAUAAUAAUAUAACCAAAGUAAUAAGUUAGUCAUAGAGAUCAGUCAGUCCUAAUAGUUCUCCUAAUCCUUAUAUUUUUAGUCGCGACAAAUAAGGGUUUCUGUUUAUUUGAUAAUAAAUUGGUGAUUAAAAUUGUGGUAUUUCAUGAGCAAGUCUGAUGAAACUUGUCUUUGUAUAUUGGGGUAUGAAGUUAUAGAAGUGAACUAUUAAGUAAUAUUAAUCAUUGCCGUGUUAGGUAUCUAUCGAGUUUCCUAUAUUUUCAAUUUCUAUUAAAGUAUCUAAACUAGUA